AUGUGCAGCCCGGAGGCAGACAAGCACAAUCCCAAGGCUCACACUUUUUCAGGCGGCACUCGAAGUGUACAAAAGCGAGUGCAGUACACGUUGGAGAGGCAGGCCAAGAAGGAUAAAGUGCACAAAGUGGACAAAAAUCCGGAGGUGCCUCCGCCGUUUGUUGUCGUCGUGCAAGGGCCACCAGGUGUUGGAAAGACCACGCUUGUGCAUUCGCUGGUGAAACACUACGCGAAGCAGCGCCUCAUCCAAAUGCGCGGACCUGUCACACUGGUCAGCGGAAGACAUCGACGAUUAACGAUCAUCGAGUGUCCCCAGGAAAUGUCGGCAAUGUUGGAUUUGGCGAAGAUAGCCGAUCUGGUGCUCGCCUCGCGUCUGCCAGGUCCUAGAGCAGUGCAGCUUUCCUAA